GCGCCAUUGUAGUUUAGGAUACAUAACAACAUACCAUGAAUUUUCCCUGCAGGUGGGAGACACUUCUUAUCAGCUUGUGGAUACAGGUGGGCUUAGUGCCUGGGAUACGAUGCAAGGACGGAACUGUCCGUCUGUCAAGAGAAGAUGUUUUGCUCUUCAAGGAUGAGCAGGAUCCGAAAUGCUUCACCCGGACAGAACAGGACUUCACCUGCUUCUUUGAGACUGCAGACAACAGGACUUAUGAUCUGCUCUACAAGGUUUACAACCCAUCCAGAGAAGAAAGGUGUCAUAUGGCAGUUCAGACGACAGAAGAGGGAACUUUCCUCCAUAUCUGCUCAUUUCCUUACACAGAUGUUUUCGUUUAUGUGGAAACGCUCCUUGAAGUGGUGGAGUGCAAAACCAACAUCAGCAUCUACAAGCGGACUGUUUUUGUGGAGGACCACUUUCUGUUGGACCCCCCCUUCAACGUGUCUUUAUACCAAAAUGGCCAAGCAGGACAGCUACAGGUUUCAUGGCACACAAAGCUCACAACUUACUGUGGAAGUACUGUAAUGCAUAGGAUUCGAUACUCGUCUCAGGGGCUUGGAGAGAGGAUCAAAGAGGUACAGGAGAGUCGCUUAUUAGCCUCAUUAGAGUCUCUGGUACCAGGGGAGGAGGUUGAGGUCCAGGUCACUGUCAAAUGUUCCUCAGAUUCAGGCACAGGACACUGGAGCAGCUGGUCUCAGCCGGUGAAAGCCAUAGUUCCCCAGAGUGCAGAUGAUGUUUCACUCACCUGCUACACCCCUGACUUGCAAAAUAUCACCUGUCAGUGGAAUGGGAGCAGAUAUGGAAAAAAUGAGUAUAAACUUUUCUACAAGAAGAGUCUUAGUAAUUCUUCAGACUGGACAGAAUGGACCGAAAGUCUGGCCAAUGGAAGCUUCAACAACCUGGGUCGUUUCCAUGGAGAUGAGUCCAGACAAGUCAAGGUCAAGCUCAGCAGCACUGCACCUACACUCAGCAGAACCUUUUUUACUCAAGAGUUCACUCUCAAGAAUAGCGUCAAAACACCUGCCCCAGGUGAUCUGAGAGGAGCAGUGGAGAAAGGCAGGUUGUGCUUGAAAUGGGAAGCUCCUCUUCUGUCUCUGUCGCCUUACCUGCAGUAUGAAGUGGGCUACCAGACCAGAGAAGGUGAAGCAUGGAUGACAGUAUCCCUAGAGCAUCCAGAGACUGGAGCAUGUCUACAGGUUCCAGCAGGUACACAGUACAGUGUGAAGGUCAGAGCUAAACCUAAUGGGUCCCGUUACUCAGGCUACUGGAGUGACUGGUCAGAUGUGCUCACUGGUCAAACCUCUACUGACACAGGUUUGUUGCUGAUGCUGUGUAUCCCUGUCUCGAUUCUGAUUACUGCCAUCAUCCUCAUCUACUUGUCUUCCAUGUACCUCAGUAAGCUCAAGCAGUAUUUUUGGCCACCAGUGCCAAACCUUGACAAAGUCCUGCAAGGCUUUCUGACAGAGAUCAACAGGCAGGAAUGGAGUCCUGCAGUCAUAGCCAAGCAGUGCUCUGAAGAACCCACUUCAUCUGUGGUGGAGAUACUUUCUGAAGACAAAGCUUCAGGACUGGGGAAGAAGUCACAUGAAUCCACUCUGCUCCUGUCUCCAGUGCAAAGCUUCUCCAGCAGAGAACAGGUAGACAGGAGCCCUGGGACUGAGGUUUUUCCAGACUACAUGAAUUUAAAAGGGUCUUCAUUAAUCUUGGCUGAGGAAGUUAACAUGGACCUAAGUUGUAUUUUCUGUGAAGUCAACCAUUUGGACUUUCCUGGGCACACGUCAGACAUAGGAGACACCAGACUGCUUACAGUACACCAGACCUGAGCAGCUUCUCUUGCCUCUGAACAGUUACUGCACUGUUCUGUGCUCAAGUGUAAACCUGUUUUUAUAUGUCUUGCAUCUCUGGCACCACUAGAUGGGAGCAGAGACCAAGAGACAGAUGACUGCUGUUUCAGCUAGUCCCAUGCUAAGGCAAGAGUUUGUUCCAGAUUCACAUUUUUAUUUUGUCACACUGGAAAAACCUUUUGAUCUACAACCUGUGUGUUCACAGGUAUUACCUAUGGUAUUCACAGGCAAUACGUGUGAAUAGACUGUCAAAAGCUGUUAAACAAAACAAGAAUUAACAUUAAUCAUGACAGGUAUACCUCUACAUGCUCAACUAAUUUUAAUCUGAAUCUUUAAAAAAGUACAACACAGCUGAAUGCCAAAUGUUUAUGUAGUACACAAAGUAGACGAAAAGCUCAAUUAAAAAUGACUCAAAAAUUACUACCCACAACUUGUAUGAAAAGCAAGAGGCUUGAGUUCAAACAUGGGCAAUCAUGACAUCAUGAUUAAUGGGGUGAGUAAGAGGAUAAUUAAGCCCUGAACAAAGUAAGCACACUUUUCGGGAGCACUUACUCAUACAGCCUGGCCAGGCAAAAGCCAAAAAUGUACUAAACUGUUGUUGUACUGUUGUGAUUUCUACUCAGCAAUCAGAAAAGAUUUUGAGAGCUCAGAGAUAUACAAGUAACUAACAGUAAUUGGGAACACUCCAAGACAAGAUGACAGCUUCAGAAACAAUGACUUUACUUGCCCUGGUUGACACAGUACUAGUCAGACAGUGUACGACUUUCUCUGGCAGUCUCAGCCUUCUAGAAUCAACUGAGAAUCAGAACCACUUUGCUCUGCACCUAAGAACCUGCACCCAGCCAGCCGCCUUCUGUAAAAUACAGUACUAGUGUCACACAGGCCAUCACGUCUACAGCGUUUGCCAGACUGUAUGAUAUCAUGGCCAUAAAUUAGCCCAGAGUCAUCUAUGAGGCAACAGCUAAGGGUGGGAGAGAGUGAGUGCUGAGCGUGAGACAGUUGAGAGAAAGAAAGUUUAACAGUCACUGUUUACUUGCGUACAAGCCUCUCCUCCCAACAGGAAUUCUUUCCAUGUUUCAUCACUACUCGUUUGCCCAUACGUAAACAUUUGAGGAGGGAGAUUCAAUCACCUCCUGAUGUCAUUUCCUCAAUGUUCACUUACAUGGAGAAACAACAGUGGUUCAGAUGUGAACAGCAUCUGAACCACUGUAUACACAGCAUGUAGUGUAUGUACAGUUUAAAUAUUAACAUAUACUAUGUAGUCACAGCCACAGGCCUCAAACAUGAAUUCAGCAACAACAAAGGUAAGGCCACUAAAACAGCUCAUCAACAUCCUCUAAACAUCUGCAACACAUAGACACGCCAAAGGGGCAGUGAGUUUGUUCAGCAUGCUGAAAGUAAACUCACUGCAGCACAUUUGGAGCUACUGGAUUUAGUGGAAGAGACGUCAGUGACUUGGAACAUGCAUCACAGCAUGUUCCAAGUCACUUUUGGAGUUUAAAAACUGCUAGAUGGGAAAAAGAACAGUGAAAUGAACAACACAGGUAGAAUCAAUGGGGUGUAAAAACAACAACAACAAUGCCUUCAGAAUCUUUCAGAAGGAAUAAAGCCAUUGCUUUUCCAUACAGGUAUACAACAGUAGUACAUUAAGACAGAUGUGUUAUUUUGGACUAAAUUAAAGCUUAGUUCAACUCACAGUAAUGGAAACGUACAUUUCCUACACAGGCAGUUUUUAACUGGCCUCUGCAGGGUUGGUGCAGCUUAUUAAGUUUGCAUCCCCAAAUGCUUAACAGAAGAGAUGCAAAAUUGCUGCCACAAAACAGCUACAGGUGGGUCCUUGUCGAAUAAAUUCUGCAGCUGGUGGCAAUUAUU